AUGGAAUUCACACCGGAAAGCAGCGUCUCCAAUGCGAGGUCAAGCGAUCAACCCGUACCAGCCCUAUACGUUAGUCGACGCACCAAACUCUCACUGGGCAGACACAACCCCUCAACCAUGCCGGGUCGACCAUCACUUGCGAGUGCCUUCGAUAUCCACCCCAAGACACACUCAAAGGGGAGCUCACACGCACCUCUACGCACAACGGUACACCUCCGCAACCGCUCCCAUGCGUGCACACAGGAUGGCCCACGCAGCAUCCACCGGAAGAGGUACCAGGUGCCUGGGCAAUUGGGCGUAUUGUCCGAUAAACAGGAUACCCCACUGACAGAUAGACGGUUCGCUACUCAGUCUUUCCCGUUCGGUACGCAGACGCUGCAAGUAGGUACCCGGUCACUACUAGGCAUUGCGCUGCCGGAGAGAGGGCACGUCUCUGCGGGAAGGGGUGUGGGACAUAUGCCUGAGAUGGCACGGAUGGUUGGUUUGGGAUUAGAACCAAUGGAGGAGGAGAUACCCUCAGACCACAACCGUUACCUUGGAGACAGCAGGGCAACCACUGGAACAGAUGGCAAGGCGGGUAGGAGGACGCCCAAGACACGUGCGCGUACAGAUACCGGUGCAGACACAGACACGGCAAGUAGUAGUAGUAAAACAAGGGGUGAAAGGGCAAUAACUCACAGUACAAACACUGACAUGGACACAGCCAGUAGUAGUAGUAAAACAAGGGAUGAAAGGGCAAUAACACACCGUACAGACACAGACACAGACACAGCAAGUAGUAGCAGCAAACCAAGGGAGAGAGGGACAAUAACACAUAAUACAGACACCACCCGUGACCUAUCCACCACGAUCGCAUCCCCCGAACUGACACGUGAACAUGACAGGCACGUGGUGCUGCUACAGGAUGUGAGUGCACCAGUGCCGUCUCAUGCAUCUGAAUCGACGAGCACGUGUGCAGAGCUGACUGUGGAGGGGCCAAGCGGGUCUGUUAGGGGGUCAAUACAGGGGUCUACAAGCGGGGAGGCUUGCCCGAAUCCCACUACACAGCUAGGAGUGACACAUGAGUUGCACGACAGUAAAGUGACGGUGCAAGAUGUGGUGUCUGGCGUUACAGAUUUUGGACCAAGUGGGUCCGAAAAAUCGAGGAUAGGUGCACCAACCACCCAAACGCGCACCCGCACAGCAGCCGUCCGGGCAUCGACACGUGCGCACAAACGCAAACGAUCCCACACAGAUGUGCGUGCACGUAAACGUAUUGCUGAGCCGAAAGCUACAGCACCUGCAAUGAUUGCGACUGAGAUAGAAGGAGACGACCACACUCUACCCGAACGCGCGAGUCGUAGCAACCUACACACACGCACACGCACACAGCGGGCUACGGCGGAUACCGGGAUGACCAAUGAGCACGGGAGGGACAAUGGGAAGGAAGGCACCCCUGCAUCGACGUCUGGAGAGAGUGUAAGCUAUGCACGUGAGGUGGAGGUGACGUCUGGAGAGAGUGUAAACUAUGCACGUGAGGUGGCGGAGGAAGGGGGGUGUCCGAUUGGCUCUGCGCUGGAUAAGCGACGGAUCUUGGAUCUGAAACAUACCGAACUGAACGACACGAACGGGCCGGCCAUCUACCCCGAUCUGUCGUAUAUAGGGUCGUCCAUAACACCUGUCAAGGUUGGGUUGACACGUGAAGCGCACGGGGAGUCAUGCAGCCUAGAAAAGUUCGGUACUGACGUGUGUGUUGCGGGGGAGUCAUGCAUCCCAGAGAAGUUCGGUACGGACGUGUGUCUUGCGGGUGAACAGAGGAUGAUAGCUGGCAUGACUCAUGAGUCAUCGGUCAAUGCUAGUGUGGCACUUGGCGACGGCGACGAGCUCGGUAGUCAAGUGGAAUUCGAUACCACGGUAGUUUCAGCUGGUAAUAAGAGUCCGCAGCAGCAACCCGCACCAGACCUGGUCCAUGAUGCGAGGAGUGGGACAGAUACGGCCCAUUCUGUGACUUUUGAGACAGCUGAUGCUGCGAUGGACGUAGUCAACCAAUCCACUUCAGAAGCCCCAAAGUUAGACCCCGGGGCCAACACCGCACACUUGGGUGCUGAAGUAUCGGGCAAUAGGCUCGAGGUCAGUCCAAGCAGGGCAACCGAGAACACCACCUCAACUGCUACGGCAAACACAAGCACGCCAGCGAACGACAACACAACAGGAACGUCGCAACAGGACACACCCCACACUGAUGUGGCCCAACGAACUACAGUGGCAGGCGUGGGAAGCCCGUGCCGUGUACCUACAGAGGAUCUCCCACACCCCCGCGCUGCUGAGCGCACCCCAGGACAGGGCCCAAGUGUGCGUGUGUCCGCCCCUGGUGGAACGGGACAGGGUAAUGGCACACAGGCAGGGGUCGAUGCACCUGGCGGUGGUAAACGGACCGGCAGUCUACGCCCCACACCCACACCAGAGAGCGGGUGUGCGGAUAUGUUUGUGGAGGGGUGCUACAGGAGCAAGUACUUUGUGCACGCACAUGGUACCGGGGUUAGCUCGAGAGCCAGAACCGGCGAUGGCGAUGGGAGAAGUUCGGUACCUUUGGGUGUGGGCCGGAGUGAUUGUAUGGGUGUAGGGCAGAGCAACGGAACUUUGCCAGGAAGUGCGAGUGAGAGGAGUCUGGAUACUACUGCAGACUGGGCAUCGAGUCCUAAAAGUUUAGGUUUAGGUGCACGUGCGAAGGCAAGCCGGAGUGUGAGUGCGAGUAUGGGUGUGAACACCAGUGAAGGCGAAUGUAUUGGCAAAGGCGUGACAGCGCAGAAGCGACGCGGACGCCCUAGAAAAGCGAAAAGUCUCAAAAAGACAGAAGAGGGCAAGCUAAAUACGACACAUACGAAACGUGAUCGUGAAGACGAGGCGACAGGAGUUGCGACCCAUGCACCUAGAAGUACAAAAGGGACCGUUGGCACGAGUAAAGGUUUAGGACCGAGUGUCGGGACAAGGACAAGCGAUCAGGUGGCACUGGAGUCAACGGACCGAGUGGGCUUCGUUGUGGGAGAUGUGACCGGAAUAAGAACGAGUGAAUCCGUAAAAGACGAUAACCCAGUCUGCGCGAAGAAUAUACGUACCCAGACGAGUAAACGUAGCAAAUCGAGUGAAAGUGCGCGGCCCGGCAAUAAGCGAAAGAAACCCGAGGCAGAGGGUCGUGAUGUGAAGAAGGCUAAGAAAGGCGCCAAAGCGGAUGAGGAAGCUAGCACGUGUGCCCAGGGAGCUACAGAUAUCAGGAAGAAACUGCGGAAAUCGGAUCGAAAGGAGAGAGAAAAGGUUCAGAAACGGCCAAAAUCCGAGCAACCAAAGCCCAAAAAAGUGGGCGCAGGGUCCAAAACUAAAAAGAAGCGAACGACGUCACAGGACAAUUUGGCGGGAAGUGGAGUCCAGGGGAGUGUGGAGGCGCAGCUAGAGGCAUCGAGUGAGUAUGCGGUCACGGCUGUUACCACGAGUUUCUUUACGAACGAGAUCGGCCACCUAUCAAAGGACAGGAUAUUAAUAGAUUGUGAUGGUAGCCAAUUAAAUGAGGCCGUUGCACACAUGGCAGACUUGACCAGCUUCCAGAGCCAAGGCCCCGGCAGUCACCCGAAAGCUGCACUUCCGUUGGCCGAGAGCCCCGCUGGGUUAAUCGUUGAGAAACCAUUGGACGAGAGCGGACUGUUUGGUUUUCAGAGCCAAUCGCUGAACCCUGUGGUGAAGGAUAGACCGCCACCGCCACCCGCGCCACUACCACCUCCGUUGGGACUACCGAAGUCAAUAGAAACCGUGCAUGCGAGGAAGCUGUCUGAGGAGUUUACAUACACACACACGGGUGCUACGGCCCAACACAUACACUUCCCUCAAACCACCGGAGAUGAGCAGUUGCACCUGGCGAUGGCCAUACACACAUCUCUGGGCGGGGCAGUGGCCAGCGCCACCCAGUCCACGAAUGCACCUGGACCGGAUGGAAAUAGGGCCGAUUCUGUUCUCGUUUCCGAGAAUGCACCGGCAGCUGGGGAUACGGUCUUGUCUGAGACAGAGCGUGCGGGUACAGGGCCAGAUACGAUCGCUCAUGGUGUGCGAGAAGGGGCGAUGAGGCGCAAAACAGGGGCGGUGGUAGUCACACCGAAACCCGACAAGCCCUUAACGAAGACGAAGAUAAAAGCCCUGGCCAAACAGGCGGCUAAAGCGGAGUGGGAGCAAAGCAAGAAGACUCUACACCUGCUCACAGCAGUGGCUAAUUGCACCAUUGGUUCAAAGACAACUAUAAUCACAGAAAGCAAGACACAGAUACUGAGGGGCGGGGGAGAAAGAUCGAGAGCCAGACCCAAAGCCAAAGCUAAAUUGCCGGCCAAUUCUAAUUCGGAUCAUGUUGGUGGGUUUUUUGAAGCCAACUCGGACCCGAUUUUGAGGCCCGACGAUACGGUGUUUCGUGCGUGGGAUGCAGAGGAACGGCGAGCACAGAGGUCUAGAGCCGCACGGCUGGUCAGAGAUACUAUGGUAGACUGGCACAAGUACAGUCUACUCAGGAAUGAAAGUAUCACUGACUGGCGCGAUUACGAGCUCAUGGGCCUGGGUGGGUUCUGCCUGGAUAUAAAUAGCAGCCAAUCAGAAGAGAGCUGCGGGAGUGACGCGGAGGAAGAUCUGCAGGAGAUCCCAAUGACUCAGAUGGCGCCACAGAGCGAAAUCAGUGCCAAACGACGGCUGUCGGAGGAGGAGAUAGACCUCGGCCUGUCCAAGUCGGCUGAAGGUAGUAUUACCUACAUUGCUCAUGGUGUGCGGUAUAAUGCCUGGGACCAUCUACCUGUGUGCCCGGUUAAGGGACCCAACUCGGGCUCUCCUUUAACCGGGACAUUGAUCGGCCGAAGGUAG